AAAGAAAAAGAAAAAAAAAAGAAACGCCUACGACUAGCCCAAACGCACCGACCUGUCCUCCGACCAGAAUUCCGAUCGCCACCCCGCGGUUCUGCUCUCGCCGGCCGAACAACGCGUGCUCACGCUCGCCGCCGCCGGUCGCCGCCUCCAAAUCGUCGCCAGAGAAUCCGCGUCCUCCCCAGAUGACGCUGCGCACGGGAGAAGCAACGCCGCCUCCCCAGGCGCAUGCCGAGGAGGAGCCGGGGCGGGGGAAGCGCCGGCGCGUCGUCGCCCGUGAGACGAGGCUGCAGCAGGAGGAGGAGGAGGAGGAGGGCGCCUCAUCCGAGCCGGAGACCAGACCGCGCCCUCCCCCCGCCACCCCCGCCACUGCAGAGGAGCCCGCCGCCACCGCCGCUGGGGCGGAGGCCAGGGCUCAGCUGGCCAUAAACAUUCGCCGUAUGCUUGCUGUCGAGGCAGAGAGAAGGGGCCGAAUCGCUGAACGAAUUGGAGUUCAGGCUGAGGGUCCAAUUCUCACUCUGGAGGAUACAUUUUGUGAUAUUGAUGAUGGUAGUGCUAAAAGCCAAGUUGCUCGAAAGGUUGCUUUGGGUGUUUCACAGUCAAUUGUCAGUUUAUCUUCCUUUGCAGGUCGAAAAAGGAUACGGGUUUGCUCAGGAUUUGUGAUACGGUGGAACGAUAGUACCAGCAUUGGUACAAUAUUAACCUCAGCAGCACUUGUUAGACCUCCAUGCGGAGAUGAUGUCAGGGUGGAGGUCUUUCUACCUAGUGGGGAUAUAUCUAUUUGCCAGAUUUCCAUGGUAGAUUUCCAUCAUAACAUAGCCUUAGUUGAAGUCACAUCCAAUUUCAAGCUUCAAGAGGCUGUUAUCCUUAAAUAUAUUAUCGACAAGGGAGAUGUUUUAGCCCUUGGCCGUUCUUAUGAAGGUGGUCUUCUGAUGUGCUCAAGGGGAGAAAUAAGCAACAGAGCCAGCAUAUUUGAGUGUUCAGAACUGUUAGUAUCAAGUUGCGAGAUAACAAUGGCUGGCACCGGGGGACCCCUUGUAAAUUAUAAUGGCCAUGUUGUAGGUAUUAACUUCUUUGAAGAGAACCAAACGCCAUUUCUUUCGAUGGCAAUUGUUUUCAAAUGCUUGGAACAUCACCAGAUAUUUGGAAGAAUAAUUCGACCUUGGAUUGGAUUCUGGUUCACCUCUAUUCAAAUGGUUCCGCUUAGUCAUCUAGAGCACAUAUACAGAAAAUUCUCGGAUGUUGAUAAUGGCCUAUAUAUUUCAAAUGUGGCUGAGGGAUCACCCGCUGAUAUUGCUGGAAUAUGUCAGGGUGAUAUUCUCAUGAAAUGUGGUGGGAAAUUCCUCUCUACUGCCCCUGAGUUCGGUGCAAUGUUGAUGGAUAAAUGCAAGGAAACUAUGGAAGAGUAUGACCAAGAAACCAAUGGUGAUUUUUCAGCGAAAAGGAUAACAGUUGAGAUUGUUAUAAAGCGAGAAAAUGAUGGAAGCACUAUAGAGAAAACUAUAUCUGCUGGUUUGAUAGAAGAGUUUAACUAUAACAGGUGGCCUACACCGAUCCCUAGCUAUAAGGUCAGACGAGAUACUAUUGGAAGGUGUUAAGAGCCUUAGAGGUGCAGUUCAUCUACGUGCAUGCAUGUUAUAAUUAGGUCUGACCCACACAAUUUGUCCGGCCCGGUGACCUGUGUUACAUCCCUCUGCAUUUUGCACAUCCCGUUCCAAAAAAAAAAAAACACGACAUCAUACAACAGCGGGUCGCCCAAAUUAUUGAUGACCGACGUCAUCGCUGAAACAAGGAAGUUCCAUGGCGCCACCGCUAAUUAUUGACCUCUCCAUUACUUGAACUGCUGUUGAUCUUUAUAGGUGACUUGAACCGCUGCUGGUGUUGUUUAUCUGAUCUUGCUCAGUUCUGUUUCAGGAUGUGGCCAGGUUGUGGUCUUGUGUGAUGUCUGUGUGGCUCGUGAUCUGUAUUGCAAAAGUUUGUGGCUGCUAAAUCCUGGGUGAUGCAGCCAAGUUUUGGCGGCAUGAUACUUGUGUUGUGCUUGUGCGUCUGUGAUCGAUCAUUUCCCAAAUUUCAUAGAUUACUUUCAAAUACAUGUCUGUGCUCUGCUCUCUUCGCAGAGAAAAAGGGAUGAUUCCCAAGUUUGUAGAGUACUAAGGCUGUGUUUAGAUAUAAAGUUUGGAUCCAAACUUCAGUUCU